AUGGAGAAACACAGGAUCAAAAGGACCGCAGACAAUCCAGCCAUCACCAAGGAGAUGAUGGCACGCAUGCUCGACAGUCCUAGAUGGGAUGCCCCAUACUUUGCUCACGAGCGUCUGAACAGCUUGACCUAUCCUGCCGAUAUCGGAAAGCCCAUUGGCCCGGCUCCUGAGAACCCUCUUCCAGCAGCGCCAGCGGAGACUAAAGCGAAGGACGCGAAGACCGAUCCCGACUGCGCUGACGAGCUCGACGACAACUGGGACUUUCUCAAGGAAUUCGACGCUGAUUUCGCCUUGAACGCCGACCUUGAGACUUUGCUUGAUAGUGAUUUCCUCGAGCCUGGCUGCUGUGACUUCUCCGAGUCUGACGAGGAUACCAAGCCGGCCGAUAAACCAGUCCCGCAGGUCAAAAAAGAGCGUCCGGUCCACUGCAAGAAGGUCAUCGCCGAGAUGGAUUCGGACGACGAACUGCUUUGGAACCUUAAGCUGGCCAAGUGGACUGAAAAGCAGAUCCAUGCACGUUUUCUUGCCGAAGGCCGGACCGAGUACAGCCAAAAGACCAUCGGAACGCGCUUCUGUCGUAUGAAGAAGACCAUGCGCGAUCAUGUUGACAAUCUUCUGAAGGCGGGAGAGAUUGAUUGGUUCUCCAAGGACGACGAGGCCCUCAAGCUCGCAAUCUCCCGGGCUGAUGAAAAGGUUCGCAGGAUCCAGAGGAAUCUGGAAAAGUACAAAUGGGACAUCGUCUCGCGCGAGAUCAAAGAACUGAACCCUCUUGCCGACUACUCUGGCGAGGCCUGCCGCGACCGUCACUAUGCCCAUAUGCGUGGUUCUGCGACUGUCCCCUUGGACCUGCGCACCGAUGCUGACACCAAGACCCAGGCUCUUGUCAAAAUGCGUAGGUGCAGAGAGCUCAAGUUGCGUAUGCUCGAGCAGAUUGCGAGAUAAGUGUCACAGUGAGUGGCUGGAAGAGACUUGGAAGUCUUCUUAACGGAAUGCUUUUCGCAUAAGACAUCAGUCCUACAUGAUGGAAUGGCAUCGCCUCGUUGUGGGUCCUGUUGGGCCUAAAUACUGUCUUUAACGGUGGAAACCGCGUGGUGUACGAUAGGUGGACAUGCAAGUGCCCUUUGUUCCUAGCUGUAUCUUCUCGAUGACGGGUCCUCGCUGUUCCAGGCAGGGAUGGUCAUAUCGAUGAAAUGGAUUAGCUUGAUUGACGAAGAUAAUUUGCUGGAGAGCGUAGUUAUCAAGCCUUGUAGUCGAGAUAGUCAGCCCCGCAUCGGCCCGUCCGGUCCCAGAGAAUGCCAGAAGCGCCCUGAAGUUCAAG